AUGAAUAACUUCAAUCCAAGUAGACUCGGUCAUUAAUACGCUGUUACUAUAUUUUAGACUGAUUUAAGAAAGCAAGUAUUUGAAGAUAAGAAUAGAGCAAUCUCGACAGAUUCAGUCAAAAUUUACGCUUUUGAUAUGUUUAAAGAUAAUGAGGAGAUGAGUUAAGAAUUCUCAGCUAUACUUCAGCACCAGUAAAUCAAAGAUGAGUCUGACUAUAUAAUGGCUCAGGACAAAAGAGCCAAUUAGAUCUACUAUUGA